AUGAUAGUGAAAUGGGCGUCAAUGCCGAUCAUACUUAUAUUCCUAUCGAAUCUAGCCAGUGUUUGUUUCGCUGAUGAAUAUCAUGUAACAUCGUCUGAAAUAAAUGGAUGGGAUAGAAACUAUGCAACUACAUAUUCUACAAGUAUUUCACUUAGUUCUAAAUUAUUUUUCUUUACAACUACGAUUACGUGGUAUUUUAUACAUACUCCUAUCUACUCAACAUCAACUACUGUCACUCAAUUUACCUCGGGCUUGAAAUCUAUAUCUACUAUAGUUUUAAUUGGGACUACCCAAGGUGAGGACGGUUAUGAUACACUAGAGACGAGUACAUAUAUUCUAUAUCCUAUGUUAACUACUUUAAAAACAAUUUCAACUGUAAGUACCUUUCCAGGUUUCAUUACCUCUACCUAUUCUACUGAAUAUAGUAUAUCAACCGGAGAAGAUGGUUCCACCACAACUGAAAUAAUAUAUUAUAUUAAAAUACCAAAUGGAUUAUAUCUUUCUACAACAACGGAAGGAUGGACAGGUGCGUAUUUUGUUACACAUGCUACCUCGAUCGUGACAACUUUAGGUUUCGAUAAUAUAUUAACAACGGGAACCGUGUAUUAUGUUUAUAGUUCAAGAAAUGAAGGGUCUUCAAUAACAAUACCAUGGACACAAACUUAUACUACAUAUUAUUCAACCUCCAUAUCGUAUGAUGUUCUAUUAGGUGUAACUCUAGGUACCACAACUUAUUAUUAUAUCCACAUACCAUCAAACGUGAUUUCAAAAACCACCACUAAUUUUGGUAAUAUAUCAUUUACGAAAACAGUUUCUACUGGUGUUGCUACUUUUACUGAUAUUGAUGGAAAUGUAACAACAGAAUAUCUAUUCUACGUUGUAACCCCUCAACGUUCUGUAAUUACCAGUAUUACCUUUGAAGGUGAUAUAGGUGGCACUGUUAUUUCGACAUUCGAGACCUUUGUCAGCACCACUACAAAUGAUAAUGGUAAUGAGACAACCUUUACUACGUUUUACAUUAUAAUCCCUACCGCUUUAUUCCAUACGACAACAACUGCUCCUUGGACAGGAUACUAUAAGGUUACUUACUCUAAAGACCUAACUACAGUGGUAAAUGAUGGAAUGAAAACUACUAAAACAAUAUUUUACGUAGAGACUCCAUUCUCCUGGGGUAAGUACAUAACUCAUCCAUGGACAGGAAGUUAUACUACAUACACUCAAAGCGGCUAUACAAUAGCGUUUGGGUUUUGGUUUAUAUUUUUCGGUCUUUGGCCUUUUCCACGGUUUAUCUUGUCAACACCAAUAAGAGAAAAAUCAUUUACCAGUUAUACAAGUGCCUGGAAUAAUUCUUUAACGUCUACAUCGGUUAGAACAAGACUUGUUAUUGGUUUUGAUGACGAAACAACUACUGAAACAAUAUAUUACAUUUUAACGCCUGCACCUACUACUUCAACGACCACUUACUUCCAGGGCUCAUAUUCUGGAUCAGAUACUACUACGUUUUUAACAGCAACUACAAAAAUUGGGGACAAAUUUGACUUUACAUGGGAAAUCCUAUAUUAUGUUUCUCUACCUAUUAACAAAGCCAAAUCAACUACACUCAUACCCUGGACUGGUUCAUAUGUUACGACAAAAUCAAUAUUGAAGGAAACAAUUACUGAUGAUCUUGGAAUCAUUUCAACCAUCACAAUAUAUUUCAUUAAUACUCCCUCUUUAACACCUUCCCUUAAAUAUGUACCAUGGACAGGACUAUUUACGUCAACAAUUCAAACAACUAAUAUUACUGCAUUCGAGUAUAAAAGUGGACUUCUCGCAUUAUGGACCCUUACAGUUAUCGUAAUUGAAACACCCAUUAGGAAAAAAAUAGAGUAUGAAGAGACUUUUUGGACAGAAACUUAUUCCACUACUUAUUCUACGGAUAUUAUCACUUCUACAGAUUAUUUAGGAAAUGAGACCACUGAGACGAUUUUUUAUGUGUAUACACCUGAAAGGGUGAGCUACAUUACACAAGUUUUCCCGAUGUCUGGUACUUUUGACUUCACAACGUUUUCUACUAUUGUUUCUAAAAUAUACGGCGAGGAUGGAGUUGAAACCACAGAGACAAUUUAUUAUGUUGGUAUACCGACUGCUGUUGGAGUUACUACAAUAUUUUCUUCAUGGACAAAUAAUUAUAUUUCUAUAUUUUCAACUUCAAUUUACGAGCGGCUAUUCAAAAAGUCAACAAUUUAUUAUAUAGCAACCCCAAUCGAUACAGGAGAGAUCUCAUAUGUACCUUGGGCCGGUGAUUAUACUUCAACUUUUUACACUACUGUUAUUACCACUUUUGGUUAUUCGGGGACUUUUCUUGGUGAGUGGACUAAAACUGUCUACUUGGUUGAAACUCCCACUUGGGUUGACACCAUAACAAGUUUUAGUCCGUGGGAAAAAAAAUAUACUGAAACUUACUCAACUGUUGUAACAACUGAAAAAGAUGAUGAUGGAAACUUCAGCACAAAAAUCAUAUAUUUUGUAAGAACACCAUAUCGAGCUACAACAACUGUUUCUACUACUGGUUGGAGUUUUAAUCAAAUUCGAGCCUUUUCAACAACAUACUCAAUUUUUACGGGCUCUGAUGGCUUUGAAUCAACUCUGAUAAUUUACUUAGUUGGGACACCUUCACAUAAUUAUAAAAGUACAAGCUAUCAAGGUUGGUCUAACAAUUCAACAUUAACAUUUUCUACCAUAAUAUCUACUUAUUCCAAUAGUAAUAACUUUAUUGUUACAGAAACUGUGUAUAUAGUUAAGACACCUUUAAGAUACUUAACAACUACAAGUUAUAAGAUUAUCUCUAAUAUAUCUAAAAGAUCCACAUAUGCUACUUCGAUAGUAAUAUUUUCCGGUACUGACAAAAAUGAGACUACGGAAACUAUCUACUUUGUCCAACAACCAAAGAUUACCUCCCAAACCACCACCUUCAGAUAUUGGAAAAAUUCAAAUACAUUUACGUAUUCGACACUGGUAACAAUUACGGUCGAUAAAGAGGGAAAUUUAAUUAAUGAGACAGUGUAUUUUGUAAUUGCACCAAUUCAAAAUAUAAUAAAAACAAGUUACCAGGUUUGGAAUAAAGAGACUACAACAUAUUCUACUGAAAUUAGAAUAAUUACAGACUCAGUUGGUGGCAAAACAGCAGAAACCAUCUAUUAUGUUAAAAUACCAAUUAUAACCUCUACAAAAACAAUAUUUUCAGAAUGGAAAAAGAAAGAAUUUUCUACAUACUCAACUAAACAAACUAUAAUUACCAAUGACCAAGGAAUAGAGAUAAUGGAAUCAAUAUUCUAUGUAUACAAGCCGAAUAUCAAUAUAUCCACUACAAGUUUCAUAAUUGCCGAUGUCAGUAACCCUUUAACUUUCACCCGUGUUAUUACUUUUGAAGGUUCUGAUGGAUUUGAAACAACGAAAACUUUAUACGUGAUAAAAACACGGCAAAUUACUUCGUUUACAUCAAACUUUUUUAUAUCAAAUUCAUCAAAUUUUACAUCCAAUACUGGUGCUGAACAAGAUUCAACAUUGAGCUUACAAUCGGAAUUAUUAAGUUCCUACUUUAACAGCAGUUUUGACACAACAGAAAGUUAUCAUGAAAGCUAUUCAAUUAUGCCAAACUAUUCAAAUCCAACCCUUUCAAUGAAUGACUCUCAAGUGACCCUUGAUAUUUCUAAUGAAACCACACAAAAUUCAACAACAUCAUACAUUAGUAAAAAAUCAACGAAGAAAUCCAAUUUUCCAGAAAAUGAAACAUCAAAUAUUAUAAUAAAUUCUACCAUAGAGUUAAAUAAUAAUCAAACUUACUCUAGCCUACAAUAUUCAAAAACUGAAACAAAACAUAAUAAUACCGAGACUAACCUAUCUACUACAAACAACAACACAUAUCAAGAAACAAGAAAUUUACAGGAAACCCAAACAACCAAACAACCAAUCGAUCCAAUUCCAAACACAGAAAGUAAAAAAUCUAUACAACCAACAGCGAUCGAUACUUCAAAUUACCAUAAAUCCAAAAUAGAAACUUCAGAUAUCUCAUCGUUGACAGGAUUACCAUCUCCUAUCACCACGACUUUCACUUCUGGUAGUCACACCGAAACCGAUGUUGUCUCCUUCUACACUACUACUGAUGCUGAAGGAAACACUGUCACAACAUCAACGGUCUCAUCGUUGACAGGAUUACCAUCUCCUAUCACCACGACUUUUACUUCUGGUAGUCACACCGAAACCGAUGUUGUCUCCUUCUACACUACUACUGAUGCUGAAGGAAACACUGUCACAACAUCAACGGUCUCAUCGCUGACAGGAUUACCAUCUCCUAUCACCACCACUAUAACUUCUGGUAGUCACACCGAAACCGAUGUUGUCUCCUUCUACACUACUACUGAUGCUGAAGGAAACACUGUAACAACAUCAACGGUCUCAUCGCUGACAGGAUUACCAUCUCCUAUCACCACGACUUUCACUUCUGGUAGUCACACCGAAACCGAUGUUGUCUCCUUCUACACUACUACUGAUGCUGAAGGAAACACUGUAACAACAUCAACGGUCUCAUCGCUAACAGGAUUACCAUCUCCUAUCACCACCACUAUAACUUCUGGUAGUCACACCGAAACCGAUGUUGUCUCCUUCUACACUACUACUGAUGCUGAAGGAAACACUGUCACAACAUCAACGGUCUCAUCGCUGACAGGAUUACCAUCUCCUAUCACCACGACUUUCACUUCUGGUAGUCACACCGAAACCGAUGUUGUCUCCUUCUACACUACUACUGAUGCUGAAGGAAACACUGUCACAACAUCAACGGUCUCAUCGCUAACAGGAUUACCAUCUCCUAUCACCACCACUAUAACUUCUGGUAGUCACACCGAAACCGAUGUUGUCUCCUUCUACACUACUACUGAUGCUGAAGGAAACACUGUCACAACAUCAACGGUCUCAUCGCUGACAGGAUUACCAUCUCCUAUCACCACCACUAUAACUUCUGGUAGUCACACCGAAACCGAUGUUGUCUCCUUCUACACUACUACUGAUGCUGAAGGAAACACUGUCACAACAUCAACGGUCUCAUCGUUGACAGGAUUAGCAUCUCCUAUCACCACGACUUUUACUUCUGGUAGUCACACCGAAACCGAUGUUGUCUCCUUCUACACUACUACUGAUGCUGAAGGAAACACUGUCACAACAUCAACGGUCUCAUCGCUGACAGGAUUACCAUCUCCUAUCACCACGACUUUCACUUCUGGUAGUCACACCGAAACCGAUGUUGUCUCCUUCUACACUACUACUGAUGCUGAAGGAAACACUGUAACAACAUCAACGGUCUCAUCGUUGACAGGAUUACCAUCUCCUAUCACCACGACUUUUACUUCUGGUAGUCACACCGAAACCGAUGUUGUCUCCUUCUACACUACUACUGAUGCUGAAGGAAACACUGUCACAACAUCAACGGUCUCAUCGUUGACAGGAUUAGCAUCUCCUAUCACCACGACUUUCACUUCUGGUAGUCACACCGAAACCGAUGUUGUCUCCUUCUACACUACUACUGAUGCUGAAGGAAACACUGUAACAACAUCAACGGUCUCAUCGUUGACAGGAUUACCAUCUCCUAUCACCACGACUUUUACUUCUGGUAGUCACACCGAAACCGAUGUUGUCUCCUUCUACACUACUACUGAUGCUGAAGGAAACACUGUCACAACAUCAACGGUCUCAUCGUUGACAGGAUUAGCAUCUCCUAUCACCACGACUUUCACUUCUGGUAGUCACACCGAAACCGAUGUUGUCUCCUUCUACACUACUACUGAUGCUGAAGGAAACACUGUAACAACAUCAACGGUCUCAUCGUUGACAGGAUUACCAUCUCCUAUCACCACGACUUUUACUUCUGGUAGUCACACCGAAACCGAUGUUGUCUCCUUCUACACUACUACUGAUGCUGAAGGAAACACUGUCACAACAUCAACGGUCUCAUCGUUGACAGGAUUACCAUCUCCUAUCACCACGACUUUUACUUCUGGUAGUCACACCGAAACCGAUGUUGUCUCCUUCUACACUACUACUGAUGCUGAAGGAAACACUGUCACAACAUCAACGGUCUCAUCGUUGACAGGAUUACCAUCUCCUAUCACCACGACUUUCACUUCUGGUAGUCACACCGAAACCGAUGUUGUCUCCUUCUACACUACUACUGAUGCUGAAGGAAACACUGUAACAACAUCAACGGUCUCAUCGUUGACAGGAUUACCAUCUCCUAUCACCACCACUAUAACUUCUGGUAGUCACACCGAAACCGAUGUUGUCUCCUUCUACACUACUACUGAUGCUGAAGGAAACACUGUCACAACAUCAACGGUCUCAUCGCUGACAGGAUUACCAUCUCCUAUCACCACGACUUUCACUUCUGGUAGUCACACCGAAACCGAUGUUGUCUCCUUCUACACUACUACUGAUGCUGAAGGAAACACUGUAACAACAUCAACGGUCUCAUCGUUGACAGGAUUACCAUCUCCUAUCACCACGACUUUCACUUCUGGUAGUCACACCGAAACCGAUGUUGUCUCCUUCUACACUACUACUGAUGCUGAAGGAAACACUGUCACAACAUCAACGGUCUCAUCGCUGACAGGAUUACCAUCUCCUAUCACCACCACUAUAACUUCUGGUAGUCACACCGAAACCGAUGUUGUCUCCUUCUACACUACUACUGAUGCUGAAGGAAACACUGUCACAACAUCAACGGUCUCAUCGUUGACAGGAUUACCAUCUCCUAUCACCACGACUUUUACUUCUGGUAGUCACACCGAAACCGAUGUUGUCUCCUUCUACACUACUACUGAUGCUGAAGGAAACACUGUCACAACAUCAACGGUCUCAUCGUUGACAGGAUUACCAUCUCCUAUCACCACCACUAUAACUUCUGGUAGUCACACCGAAACCGAUGUUGUCUCCUUCUACACUACUACUGAUGCUGAAGGAAACACUGUCACAACAUCAACGGUCUCAUCGUUGACAGGAUUAGCAUCUCCUAUCACCACGACUUUCACUUCUGGUAGUCACACCGAAACCGAUGUUGUCUCCUUCUACACUACUACUGAUGCUGAAGGAAACACUGUAACAACAUCAACGGUCUCAUCGUUGACAGGAUUACCAUCUCCUAUCACCACGACUUUUACUUCUGGUAGUCACACCGAAACCGAUGUUGUCUCCUUCUACACUACUACUGAUGCUGAAGGAAACACUGUCACAACAUCAACGGUCUCAUCGUUGACAGGAUUACCAUCUCCUAUCACCACGACUUUUACUUCUGGUAGUCACACCGAAACCGAUGUUGUCUCCUUCUACACUACUACUGAUGCUGAAGGAAACACUGUCACAACAUCAACGGUCUCAUCGUUGACAGGAUUACCAUCUCCUAUCACCACGACUUUCACUUCUGGUAGUCACACCGAAACCGAUGUUGUCUCCUUCUACACUACUACUGAUGCUGAAGGAAACACUGUAACAACAUCAACGGUCUCAUCGUUGACAGGAUUACCAUCUCCUAUCACCACCACUAUAACUUCUGGUAGUCACACCGAAACCGAUGUUGUCUCCUUCUACACUACUACUGAUGCUGAAGGAAACACUGUCACAACAUCAACGGUCUCAUCGUUGACAGGAUUACCAUCUCCUAUCACCACGACUUUCACUUCUGGUAGUCACACCGAAACCGAUGUUGUCUCCUUCUACACUACUACUGAUGCUGAAGGAAACACUGUCACAACAUCAACGGUCUCAUCGUUGACAGGAUUACCAUCUCCUAUCACCACCACUAUAACUUCUGGUAGUCACACCGAAACCGAUGUUGUCUCCUUCUACACUACUACUGAUGCUGAAGGAAACACUGUCACAACAUCAACGGUCUCAUCGUUGACAGGAUUAGCAUCUCCUAUCACCACGACUUUCACUUCUGGUAGUCACACCGAAACCGAUGUUGUCUCCUUCUACACUACUACUGAUGCUGAAGGAAACACUGUCACAACAUCAACGGUCUCAUCGUUGACAGGAUUACCAUCUCCUAUCACCACGACUUUUACUUCUGGUAGUCACACCGAAACCGAUGUUGUCUCCUUCUACACUACUACUGAUGCUGAAGGAAACACUGUCACAACAUCAACGGUCUCAUCGUUGACAGGAUUAGCAUCUCCUAUCACCACGACUUUCACUUCUGGUAGUCACACCGAAACCGAUGUUGUCUCCUUCUACACUACUACUGAUGCUGAAGGAAACACUGUCACAACAUCAACGGUCUCAUCGCUAACAGGAUUACCAUCUCCUAUCACCACCACUAUAACUUCUGGUAGUCACACCGAAACCGAUGUUGUCUCCUUCUACACUACUACUGAUGCUGAAGGAAACACUGUCACAACAUCAACGGUCUCAUCGCUGACAGGAUUACCAUCUCCUAUCACCACGACUUUCACUUCUGGUAGUCACACCGAAACCGAUGUUGUCUCCUUCUACACUACUACUGAUGCUGAAGGAAACACUGUAACAACAUCAACGGUCUCAUCGUUGACAGGAUUACCAUCUCCUAUCACCACGACUUUUACUUCUGGUAGUCACACCGAAACCGAUGUUGUCUCCUUCUACACUACUACUGAUGCUGAAGGAAACACUGUCACAACAUCAACGGUCUCAUCGUUGACAGGAUUAGCAUCUCCUAUCACCACGACUUUCACUUCUGGUAGUCACACCGAAACCGAUGUUGUCUCCUUCUACACUACUACUGAUGCUGAAGGAAACACUGUCACAACAUCAACGGUCUCAUCGUUGACAGGAUUACCAUCUCCUAUCACCACGACUUUUACUUCUGGUAGUCACACCGAAACCGAUGUUGUCUCCUUCUACACUACUACUGAUGCUGAAGGAAACACUGUCACAACAUCAACGGUCUCAUCGUUGACAGGAUUACCAUCUCCUAUCACCACCACUAUAACUUCUGGUAGUCACACCGAAACCGAUGUUGUCUCCUUCUACACUACUACUGAUGCUGAAGGAAACACUGUCACAACAUCAACGGUCUCAUCGCUGACAGGAUUACCAUCUCCUAUCACCACGACUUUCACUUCUGGUAGUCACACCGAAACCGAUGUUGUCUCCUUCUACACUACUACUGAUGCUGAAGGAAACACUGUCACAACAUCAACGGUCUCAUCGUUGACAGGAUUACCAUCUCCUAUCACCACGACUUUUACUUCUGGUAGUCACACCGAAACCGAUGUUGUCUCCUUCUACACUACUACUGAUGCUGAAGGAAACACUGUCACAACAUCAACGGUCUCAUCGUUGACAGGAUUACCAUCUCCUAUCACCACCACUAUAACUUCUGGUAGUCACACCGAAACCGAUGUUGUCUCCUUCUACACUACUACUGAUGCUGAAGGAAACACUGUCACAACAUCAACGGUCUCAUCGUUGACAGGAUUAGCAUCUCCUAUCACCACGACUUUCACUUCUGGUAGUCACACCGAAACCGAUGUUGUCUCCUUCUACACUACUACUGAUGCUGAAGGAAACACUGUCACAACAUCAACGGUCUCAUCGCUAACAGGAUUACCAUCUCCUAUCACCACCACUAUAACUUCUGGUAGUCACACCGAAACCGAUGUUGUCUCCUUCUACACUACUACUGAUGCUGAAGGAAACACUGUCACAACAUCAACGGUCUCAUCGCUGACAGGAUUACCAUCUCCUAUCACCACGACUUUCACUUCUGGUAGUCACACCGAAACCGAUGUUGUCUCCUUCUACACUACUACUGAUGCUGAAGGAAACACUGUCACAACAUCAACGGUCUCAUCGUUGACAGGAUUACCAUCUCCUAUCACCACCACUAUAACUUCUGGUAGUCACACCGAAACCGAUGUUGUCUCCUUCUACACUACUACUGAUGCUGAAGGAAACACUGUCACAACAUCAACGGUCUCAUCGCUGACAGGAUUACCAUCUCCUAUCACCACGACUUUCACUUCUGGUAGUCACACCGAAACCGAUGUUGUCUCCUUCUACACUACUACUGAUGCUGAAGGAAACACUGUCACAACAUCAACGGUCUCAUCGCUAACAGGAUUACCAUCUCCUAUCACCACCACUAUAACUUCUGGUAGUCACACCGAAACCGAUGUUGUCUCCUUCUACACUACUACUGAUGCUGAAGGAAACACUGUAACAACAUCAACGGUCUCAUCGUUGACAGGAUUACCAUCUCCUAUCACCACCACUAUAACUUCUGGUAGUCACACCGAAACCGAUGUUGUCUCCUUCUACACUACUACUGAUGCUGAAGGAAACACUGUCACAACAUCAACGGUCUCAUCGCUGACAGGAUUACCAUCUCCUAUCACCACGACUUUCACUUCUGGUAGUCACACCGAAACCGAUGUUGUCUCCUUCUACACUACUACUGAUGCUGAAGGAAACACUGUCACAACAUCAACGGUCUCAUCGUUGACAGGAUUACCAUCUCCUAUCACCACGACUUUUACUUCUGGUAGUCACACCGAAACCGAUGUUGUCUCCUUCUACACUACUACUGAUGCUGAAGGAAACACUGUCACAACAUCAACGGUCUCAUCGUUGACAGGAUUACCAUCUCCUAUCACCACCACUAUAACUUCUGGUAGUCACACCGAAACCGAUGUUGUCUCCUUCUACACUACUACUGAUGCUGAAGGAAACACUGUCACAACAUCAACGGUCUCAUCGUUGACAGGAUUAGCAUCUCCUAUCACCACGACUUUCACUUCUGGUAGUCACACCGAAACCGAUGUUGUCUCCUUCUACACUACUACUGAUGCUGAAGGAAACACUGUCACAACAUCAACGGUCUCAUCGCUAACAGGAUUACCAUCUCCUAUCACCACCACUAUAACUUCUGGUAGUCACACCGAAACCGAUGUUGUCUCCUUCUACACUACUACUGAUGCUGAAGGAAACACUGUCACAACAUCAACGGUCUCAUCGCUGACAGGAUUACCAUCUCCUAUCACCACGACUUUCACUUCUGGUAGUCACACCGAAACCGAUGUUGUCUCCUUCUACACUACUACUGAUGCUGAAGGAAACACUGUCACAACAUCAACGGUCUCAUCGCUAACAGGAUUACCAUCUCCUAUCACCACCACUAUAACUUCUGGUAGUCACACCGAAACCGAUGUUGUCUCCUUCUACACUACUACUGAUGCUGAAGGAAACACUGUCACAACAUCAACGGUCUCAUCGUUGACAGGAUUACCAUCUCCUAUCACCACGACUUUUACUUCUGGUAGUCACACCGAAACCGAUGUUGUCUCCUUCUACACUACUACUGAUGCUGAAGGAAACACUGUCACAACAUCAACGGUCUCAUCGUUGACAGGAUUACCAUCUCCUAUCACCACCACUAUAACUUCUGGUAGUCACACCGAAACCGAUGUUGUCUCCUUCUACACUACUACUGAUGCUGAAGGAAACACUGUCACAACAUCAACGGUCUCAUCGCUGACAGGAUUACCAUCUCCUAUCACCACGACUUUCACUUCUGGUAGUCACACCGAAACCGAUGUUGUCUCCUUCUACACUACUACUGAUGCUGAAGGAAACACUGUCACAACAUCAACGGUCUCAUCGUUGACAGGAUUAGCAUCUCCUAUCACCACGACUUUCACUUCUGGUAGUCACACCGAAACCGAUGUUGUCUCCUUCUACACUACUACUGAUGCUGAAGGAAACACUGUCACAACAUCAACGGUCUCAUCGUUGACAGGAUUAGCAUCUCCUAUCACCACCACUAUAACUUCUGGUAGUCACACCGAAACCGAUGUUGUCUCCUUCUACACUACUACUGAUGCUGAAGGAAACACUGUCACAACAUCAACGGUCUCAUCGUUGACAGGAUUAGCAUCUCCUAUCACCACGACUUUCACUUCUGGUAGUCACACCGAAACCGAUGUUGUCUCCUUCUACACUACUACUGAUGCUGAAGGAAACACUGUCACAACAUCAACGGUCUCAUCGUUGACAGGAUUACCAUCUCCUAUCACCACGACUUUUACUUCUGGUAGUCACACCGAAACCGAUGUUGUCUCCUUCUACACUACUACUGAUGCUGAAGGAAACACUGUCACAACAUCAACGGUCUCAUCGUUGACAGGAUUAGCAUCUCCUAUCACCACGACUUUCACUUCUGGUAGUCACACCGAAACCGAUGUUGUCUCCUUCUACACUACUACUGAUGCUGAAGGAAACACUGUCACAACAUCAACGGUCUCAUCGCUAACAGGAUUACCAUCUCCUAUCACCACCACUAUAACUUCUGGUAGUCACACCGAAACCGAUGUUGUCUCCUUCUACACUACUACUGAUGCUGAAGGAAACACUGUAACAACAUCAACGGUCUCAUCGUUGACAGGAUUACCAUCUCCUAUCACCACCACUAUAACUUCUGGUAGUCACACCGAAACCGAUGUUGUCUCCUUCUACACUACUACUGAUGCUGAAGGAAACACUGUCACAACAUCAACGGUCUCAUCGUUGACAGGAUUACCAUCUCCUAUCACCACGACUUUUACUUCUGGUAGUCACACCGAAACCGAUGUUGUCUCCUUCUACACUACUACUGAUGCUGAAGGAAACACUGUCACAACAUCAACGGUCUCAUCGUUGACAGGAUUACCAUCUCCUAUCACCACGACUUUUACUUCUGGUAGUCACACCGAAACCGAUGUUGUCUCCUUCUACACUACUACUGAUGCUGAAGGAAACACUGUCACAACAUCAACGGUCUCAUCGUUGACAGGAUUAGCAUCUCCUAUCACCACCACUAUAACUUCUGGUAGUCACACCGAAACCGAUGUUGUCUCCUUCUACACUACUACUGAUGCUGAAGGAAACACUGUCACAACAUCAACGGUCUCAUCGUUGACAGGAUUAGCAUCUCCUAUCACCACGACUUUCACUUCUGGUAGUCACACCGAAACCGAUGUUGUCUCCUUCUACACUACUACUGAUGCUGAAGGAAACACUGUCACAACAUCAACGGUCUCAUCGUUGACAGGAUUACCAUCUCCUAUCACCACGACUUUUACUUCUGGUAGUCACACCGAAACCGAUGUUGUCUCCUUCUACACUACUACUGAUGCUGAAGGAAACACUGUCACAACAUCAACGGUCUCAUCGUUGACAGGAUUACCAUCUCCUAUCACCACGACUUUUACUUCUGGUAGUCACACCGAAACCGAUGUUGUCUCCUUCUACACUACUACUGAUGCUGAAGGAAACACUGUCACAACAUCAACGGUCUCAUCGUUGACAGGAUUACCAUCUCCUAUCACCACCACUAUAACUUCUGGUAGUCACACCGAAACCGAUGUUGUCUCCUUCUACACUACUACUGAUGCUGAAGGAAACACUGUAACAACAUCAACGGUCUCAUCGUUGACAGGAUUACCAUCUCCUAUCACCACGACUUUUACUUCUGGUAGUCACACCGAAACCGAUGUUGUCUCCUUCUACACUACUACUGAUGCUGAAGGAAACACUGUCACAACAUCAACGGUCUCAUCGUUGACAGGAUUACCAUCUCCUAUCACCACCACUAUAACUUCUGGUAGUCACACCGAAACCGAUGUUGUCUCCUUCUACACUACUACUGAUGCUGAAGGAAACACUGUCACAACAUCAACGGUCUCAUCGUUGACAGGAUUAGCAUCUCCUAUCACCACGACUUUCACUUCUGGUAGUCACACCGAAACCGAUGUUGUCUCCUUCUACACUACUACUGAUGCUGAAGGAAACACUGUCACAACAUCAACGGUCUCAUCGUUGACAGGAUUAGCAUCUCCUAUCACCACCACUAUAACUUCUGGUAGUCACACCGAAACCGAUGUUGUCUCCUUCUACACUACUACUGAUGCUGAAGGAAACACUGUCACAACAUCAACGGUCUCAUCGUUGACAGGAUUACCAUCUCCUAUCACCACGACUUUUACUUCUGGUAGUCACACCGAAACCGAUGUUGUCUCCUUCUACACUACUACUGAUGCUGAAGGAAACACUGUCACAACAUCAACGGUCUCAUCGUUGACAGGAUUAGCAUCUCCUAUCACCACGACUUUCACUUCUGGUAGUCACACCGAAACCGAUGUUGUCUCCUUCUACACUACUACUGAUGCUGAAGGAAACACUGUCACAACAUCAACGGUCUCAUCGCUGACAGGAUUACCAUCUCCUAUCACCACGACUUUCACUUCUGGUAGUCACACCGAAACCGAUGUUGUCUCCUUCUACACUACUACUGAUGCUGAAGGAAACACUGUAACAACAUCAACGGUCUCAUCGUUGACAGGAUUACCAUCUCCUAUCACCACGACUUUUACUUCUGGUAGUCACACCGAAACCGAUGUUGUCUCCUUCUACACUACUACUGAUGCUGAAGGAAACACUGUCACAACAUCAACGGUCUCAUCGUUGACAGGAUUAGCAUCUCCUAUCACCACGACUUUCACUUCUGGUAGUCACACCGAAACCGAUGUUGUCUCCUUCUACACUACUACUGAUGCUGAAGGAAACACUGUCACAACAUCAACGGUCUCAUCGUUGACAGGAUUACCAUCUCCUAUCACCACGACUUUUACUUCUGGUAGUCACACCGAAACCGAUGUUGUCUCCUUCUACACUACUACUGAUGCUGAAGGAAACACUGUCACAACAUCAACGGUCUCAUCGUUGACAGGAUUACCAUCUCCUAUCACCACGACUUUUACUUCUGGUAGUCACACCGAAACCGAUGUUGUCUCCUUCUACACUACUACUGAUGCUGAAGGAAACACUGUCACAACAUCAACGGUCUCAUCGUUGACAGGAUUACCAUCUCCUAUCACCACCACUAUAACUUCUGGUAGUCACACCGAAACCGAUGUUGUCUCCUUCUACACUACUACUGAUGCUGAAGGAAACACUGUCACAACAUCAACGGUCUCAUCGUUGACAGGAUUAGCAUCUCCUAUCACCACGACUUUCACUUCUGGUAGUCACACCGAAACCGAUGUUGUCUCCUUCUACACUACUACUGAUGCUGAAGGAAACACUGUCACAACAUCAACGGUCUCAUCGUUGACAGGAUUAGCAUCUCCUAUCACCACGACUUUCACUUCUGGUAGUCACACCGAAACCGAUGUUGUCUCCUUCUACACUACUACUGAUGCUGAAGGAAACACUGUCACAACAUCAACGGUCUCAUCGUUGACAGGAUUACCAUCUCCUAUCACCACGACUUUUACUUCUGGUAGUCACACCGAAACCGAUGUUGUCUCCUUCUACACUACUACUGAUGCUGAAGGAAACACUGUCACAACAUCAACGGUCUCAUCGUUGACAGGAUUACCAUCUCCUAUCACCACGACUUUCACUUCUGGUAGUCACACCGAAACCGAUGUUGUCUCCUUCUACACUACUACUGAUGCUGAAGGAAACACUGUAACAACAUCAACGGUCUCAUCGUUGACAGGAUUACCAUCUCCUAUCACCACGACUUUUACUUCUGGUAGUCACACCGAAACCGAUGUUGUCUCCUUCUACACUACUACUGAUGCUGAAGGAAACACUGUCACAACAUCAACGGCCUCAUCGUUGACAGGAUUAGCAUCUCCUAUCACCACGACUUUCACUUCUGGUAGUCACACCGAAACCGAUGUUGUCUCCUUCUACACUACUACUGAUGCUGAAGGAAACACUGUCACAACAUCAACGGUCUCAUCGCUGACAGGAUUAGCAUCUCCUAUCACCACGACUUUCACUUCUGGUAGUCACACCGAAACCGAUGUUGUCUCCUUCUACACUACUACUGAUGCUGAAGGAAACACUGUAACAACAUCAACGGUCUCAUCGCUGACAGGAUUACCAUCUCCUAUCACCACGACUUUCACUUCUGGUAGUCACACCGAAACCGAUGUUGUCUCCUUCUACACUACUACUGAUGCUGAAGGAAACACUGUCACAACAUCAACGGUCUCAUCGUUGACAGGAUUAGCAUCUCCUAUCACCACGACUUUUACUUCUGGUAGUCACACCGAAACCGAUGUUGUCUCCUUCUACACUACUACUGAUGCUGAAGGAAACACUGUCACAACAUCAACGGUCUCAUCGUUGACAGGAUUAGCAUCUCCUAUCACCACGACUUUCACUUCUGGUAGUCACACCGAAACCGAUGUUGUCUCCUUCUACACUACUACUGAUGCUGAAGGAAACACUGUCACAACAUCAACGGUCUCAUCGUUGACAGGAUUAGCAUCUCCUAUCACCACGACUUUUACUUCUGGUAGUCACACCGAAACCGAUGUUGUCUCCUUCUACACUACUACUGAUGCUGAAGGAAACACUGUCACAACAUCAACGGUCUCAUCGCUGACAGGAUUACCAUCUCCUAUCACCACGACUUUCACUUCUGGUAGUCACACCGAAACCGAUGUUGUCUCCUUCUACACUACUACUGAUGCUGAAGGAAACACUGUCACAACAUCAACGGUCUCAUCGCUGACAGGAUUACCAUCUCCUAUCACCACGACUUUUACUUCUGGUAGUCACACCGAAACCGAUGUUGUCUCCUUCUACACUACUACUGAUGCUGAAGGAAACACUGUCACAACAUCAACGGCCUCAUCGUUGACAGGAUUAGCAUCUCCUAUCACCACGACUUUCACUUCUGGUAGUCACACCGAAACCGAUGUUGUCUCCUUCUACACUACUACUGAUGCUGAAGGAAACACUGUCACAACAUCAACGGUCUCAUCGCUAACAGGAUUAGCAUCUCCUAUCACCACCACUAUAACUUCUGGUAGUCACACCGAAACCGAUGUUGUCUCCUUCUACACUACUACUGAUGCUGAAGGAAACACUGUCACAACAUCAACGGUCUCAUCGCUGACAGGAUUAGCAUCUCCUAUCACCACGACUUUCACUUCUGGUAGUCACACCGAAACCGAUGUUGUCUCCUUCUACACUACUACUGAUGCUGAAGGAAACACUGUAACAACAUCAACGGUCUCAUCGUUGACAGGAUUACCAUCUCCUAUCACCACGACUUUUACUUCUGGUAGUCACACCGAAACCGAUGUUGUCUCCUUCUACACUACUACUGAUGCUGAAGGAAACACUGUCACAACAUCAACGGUCUCAUCGUUGACAGGAUUACCAUCUCCUAUCACCACGACUUUCACUUCUGGUAGUCACACCGAAACCGAUGUUGUCUCCUUCUACACUACUACUGAUGCUGAAGGAAACACUGUCACAACAUCAACGGUCUCAUCGUUGACAGGAUUAGCAUCUCCUAUCACCACCACUAUAACUUCUGGUAGUCACACCGAAACCGAUGUUGUCUCCUUCUACACUACUACUGAUGCUGAAGGAAACACUGUCACAACAUCAACGGUCUCAUCGUUGACAGGAUUAGCAUCUCCUAUCACCACGACUUUCACUUCUGGUAGUCACACCGAAACCGAUGUUGUCUCCUUCUACACUACUACUGAUGCUGAAGGAAACACUGUCACAACAUCAACGGUCUCAUCGCUGACAGGAUUACCAUCUCCUAUCACCACGACUUUCACUUCUGGUAGUCACACCGAAACCGAUGUUGUCUCCUUCUACACUACUACUGAUGCUGAAGGAAACACUGUCACAACAUCAACGGUCUCAUCGUUGACAGGAUUAGCAUCUCCUAUCACCACGACUUUCACUUCUGGUAGUCACACCGAAACCGAUGUUGUCUCCUUCUACACUACUACUGAUGCUGAAGGAAACACUGUCACAACAUCAACGGUCUCAUCGUUGACAGGAUUAGCAUCUCCUAUCACCACGACUUUCACUUCUGGUAGUCACACCGAAACCGAUGUUGUCUCCUUCUACACUACUACUGAUGCUGAAGGAAACACUGUCACAACAUCAACGGUCUCAUCGUUGACAGGAUUACCAUCUCCUAUCACCACCACUAUAACUUCUGGUAGUCACACCGAAACCGAUGUUGUCUCCUUCUACACUACUACUGAUGCUGAAGGAAACACUGUCACAACAUCAACGGUCUCAUCGUUGACAGGAUUAGCAUCUCCUAUCACCACGACUUUCACUUCUGGUAGUCACACCGAAACCGAUGUUGUCUCCUUCUACACUACUACUGAUGCUGAAGGAAACACUGUCACAACAUCAACGGUCUCAUCGUUGACAGGAUUACCAUCUCCUAUCACCACCACUAUAACUUCUGGUAGUCACACCGAAACCGAUGUUGUCUCCUUCUACACUACUACUGAUGCUGAAGGAAACACUGUCACAACAUCAACGGUCUCAUCGCUGACAGGAUUACCAUCUCCUAUCACCACGACUUUCACUUCUGGUAGUCACACCGAAACCGAUGUUGUCUCCUUCUACACUACUACUGAUGCUGAAGGAAACACUGUAACAACAUCAACGGUCUCAUCGUUGACAGGAUUACCAUCUCCUAUCACCACGACUUUUACUUCUGGUAGUCACACCGAAACCGAUGUUGUCUCCUUCUACACUACUACUGAUGCUGAAGGAAACACUGUCACAACAUCAACGGUCUCAUCGUUGACAGGAUUAGCAUCUCCUAUCACCACGACUUUCACUUCUGGUAGUCACACCGAAACCGAUGUUGUCUCCUUCUACACUACUACUGAUGCUGAAGGAAACACUGUCACAACAUCAACGGUCUCAUCGUUGACAGGAUUACCAUCUCCUAUCACCACGACUUUUACUUCUGGUAGUCACACCGAAACCGAUGUUGUCUCCUUCUACACUACUACUGAUGCUGAAGGAAACACUGUCACAACAUCAACGGUCUCAUCGUUGACAGGAUUAGCAUCUCCUAUCACCACGACUUUCACUUCUGGUAGUCACACCGAAACCGAUGUUGUCUCCUUCUACACUACUACUGAUGCUGAAGGAAACACUGUCACAACAUCAACGGUCUCAUCGCUAACAGGAUUACCAUCUCCUAUCACCACCACUAUAACUUCUGGUAGUCACACCGAAACCGAUGUUGUCUCCUUCUACACUACUACUGAUGCUGAAGGAAACACUGUCACAACAUCAACGGUCUCAUCGCUGACAGGAUUACCAUCUCCUAUCACCACGACUUUCACUUCUGGUAGUCACACCGAAACCGAUGUUGUCUCCUUCUACACUACUACUGAUGCUGAAGGAAACACUGUAACAACAUCAACGGUCUCAUCGUUGACAGGAUUACCAUCUCCUAUCACCACGACUUUUACUUCUGGUAGUCACACCGAAACCGAUGUUGUCUCCUUCUACACUACUACUGAUGCUGAAGGAAACACUGUCACAACAUCAACGGUCUCAUCGUUGACAGGAUUAGCAUCUCCUAUCACCACGACUUUCACUUCUGGUAGUCACACCGAAACCGAUGUUGUCUCCUUCUACACUACUACUGAUGCUGAAGGAAACACUGUCACAACAUCAACGGUCUCAUCGCUGACAGGAUUACCAUCUCCUAUCACCACGACUUUCACUUCUGGUAGUCACACCGAAACCGAUGUUGUCUCCUUCUACACUACUACUGAUGCUGAAGGAAACACUGUAACAACAUCAACGGUCUCAUCGUUGACAGGAUUACCAUCUCCUAUCACCACGACUUUUACUUCUGGUAGUCACACCGAAACCGAUGUUGUCUCCUUCUACACUACUACUGAUGCUGAAGGAAACACUGUCACAACAUCAACGGUCUCAUCGUUGACAGGAUUAGCAUCUCCUAUCACCACGACUUUCACUUCUGGUAGUCACACCGAAACCGAUGUUGUCUCCUUCUACACUACUACUGAUGCUGAAGGAAACACUGUCACAACAUCAACGGUCUCAUCGUUGACAGGAUUACCAUCUCCUAUCACCACGACUUUUACUUCUGGUAGUCACACCGAAACCGAUGUUGUCUCCUUCUACACUACUACUGAUGCUGAAGGAAACACUGUCACAACAUCAACGGUCUCAUCGUUGACAGGAUUACCAUCUCCUAUCACCACGACUUUUACUUCUGGUAGUCACACCGAAACCGAUGUUGUCUCCUUCUACACUACUACUGAUGCUGAAGGAAACACUGUCACAACAUCAACGGUCUCAUCGUUGACAGGAUUACCAUCUCCUAUCACCACCACUAUAACUUCUGGUAGUCACACCGAAACCGAUGUUGUCUCCUUCUACACUACUACUGAUGCUGAAGGAAACACUGUAACAACAUCAACGGUCUCAUCGUUGACAGGAUUACCAUCUCCUAUCACCACGACUUUUACUUCUGGUAGUCACACCGAAACCGAUGUUGUCUCCUUCUACACUACUACUGAUGCUGAAGGAAACACUGUCACAACAUCAACGGUCUCAUCGUUGACAGGAUUACCAUCUCCUAUCACCACCACUAUAACUUCUGGUAGUCACACCGAAACCGAUGUUGUCUCCUUCUACACUACUACUGAUGCUGAAGGAAACACUGUCACAACAUCAACGGUCUCAUCGUUGACAGGAUUAGCAUCUCCUAUCACCACGACUUUCACUUCUGGUAGUCACACCGAAACCGAUGUUGUCUCCUUCUACACUACUACUGAUGCUGAAGGAAACACUGUCACAACAUCAACGGUCUCAUCGUUGACAGGAUUAGCAUCUCCUAUCACCACCACUAUAACUUCUGGUAGUCACACCGAAACCGAUGUUGUCUCCUUCUACACUACUACUGAUGCUGAAGGAAACACUGUCACAACAUCAACGGUCUCAUCGUUGACAGGAUUACCAUCUCCUAUCACCACGACUUUUACUUCUGGUAGUCACACCGAAACCGAUGUUGUCUCCUUCUACACUACUACUGAUGCUGAAGGAAACACUGUCACAACAUCAACGGUCUCAUCGUUGACAGGAUUACCAUCUCCUAUCACCACGACUUUCACUUCUGGUAGUCACACCGAAACCGAUGUUGUCUCCUUCUACACUACUACUGAUGCUGAAGGAAACACUGUAACAACAUCAACGGUCUCAUCGUUGACAGGAUUACCAUCUCCUAUCACCACCACUAUAACUUCUGGUAGUCACACCGAAACCGAUGUUGUCUCCUUCUACACUACUACUGAUGCUGAAGGAAACACUGUCACAACAUCAACGGUCUCAUCGCUGACAGGAUUACCAUCUCCUAUCACCACGACUUUCACUUCUGGUAGUCACACCGAAACCGAUGUUGUCUCCUUCUACACUACUACUGAUGCUGAAGGAAACACUGUCACAACAUCAACGGUCUCAUCGUUGACAGGAUUACCAUCUCCUAUCACCACCACUAUAACUUCUGGUAGUCACACCGAAACCGAUGUUGUCUCCUUCUACACUACUACUGAUGCUGAAGGAAACACUGUCACAACAUCAACGGUCUCAUCGUUGACAGGAUUAGCAUCUCCUAUCACCACGACUUUCACUUCUGGUAGUCACACCGAAACCGAUGUUGUCUCCUUCUACACUACUACUGAUGCUGAAGGAAACACUGUCACAACAUCAACGGUCUCAUCGCUGACAGGAUUACCAUCUCCUAUCACCACCACUAUAACUUCUGGUAGUCACACCGAAACCGAUGUUGUCUCCUUCUACACUACUACUGAUGCUGAAGGAAACACUGUCACAACAUCAACGGUCUCAUCGUUGACAGGAUUAGCAUCUCCUAUCACCACGACUUUCACUUCUGGUAGUCACACCGAAACCGAUGUUGUCUCCUUCUACACUACUACUGAUGCUGAAGGAAACACUGUAACAACAUCAACGGUCUCAUCGUUGACAGGAUUACCAUCUCCUAUCACCACGACUUUUACUUCUGGUAGUCACACCGAAACCGAUGUUGUCUCCUUCUACACUACUACUGAUGCUGAAGGAAACACUGUCACAACAUCAACGGUCUCAUCGUUGACAGGAUUAGCAUCUCCUAUCACCACGACUUUCACUUCUGGUAGUCACACCGAAACCGAUGUUGUCUCCUUCUACACUACUACUGAUGCUGAAGGAAACACUGUAACAACAUCAACGGUCUCAUCGUUGACAGGAUUACCAUCUCCUAUCACCACGACUUUUACUUCUGGUAGUCACACCGAAACCGAUGUUGUCUCCUUCUACACUACUACUGAUGCUGAAGGAAACACUGUCACAACAUCAACGGUCUCAUCGUUGACAGGAUUACCAUCUCCUAUCACCACCACUAUAACUUCUGGUAGUCACACCGAAACCGAUGUUGUCUCCUUCUACACUACUACUGAUGCUGAAGGAAACACUGUCACAACAUCAACGGUCUCAUCGUUGACAGGAUUAGCAUCUCCUAUCACCACCACUAUAACUUCUGGUAGUCACACCGAAACCGAUGUUGUCUCCUUCUACACUACUACUGAUGCUGAAGGAAACACUGUCACAACAUCAACGGUCUCAUCGUUGACAGGAUUACCAUCUCCUAUCACCACGACUUUUACUUCUGGUAGUCACACCGAAACCGAUGUUGUCUCCUUCUACACUACUACUGAUGCUGAAGGAAACACUGUCACAACAUCAACGGUCUCAUCGUUGACAGGAUUAGCAUCUCCUAUCACCACGACUUUCACUUCUGGUAGUCACACCGAAACCGAUGUUGUCUCCUUCUACACUACUACUGAUGCUGAAGGAAACACUGUCACAACAUCAACGGUCUCAUCGUUGACAGGAUUACCAUCUCCUAUCACCACCACUAUAACUUCUGGUAGUCACACCGAAACCGAUGUUGUCUCCUUCUACACUACUACUGAUGCUGAAGGAAACACUGUCACAACAUCAACGGUCUCAUCGUUGACAGGAUUAGCAUCUCCUAUCACCACGACUUUCACUUCUGGUAGUCACACCGAAACCGAUGUUGUCUCCUUCUACACUACUACUGAUGCUGAAGGAAACACUGUCACAACAUCAACGGUCUCAUCGUUGACAGGAUUACCAUCUCCUAUCACCACCACUAUAACUUCUGGUAGUCACACCGAAACCGAUGUUGUCUCCUUCUACACUACUACUGAUGCUGAAGGAAACACUGUCACAACAUCAACGGUCUCAUCGCUGACAGGAUUACCAUCUCCUAUCACCACCACUAUAACUUCUGGUAGUCACACCGAAACCGAUGUUGUCUCCUUCUACACUACUACUGAUGCUGAAGGAAACACUGUCACAACAUCAACGGUCUCAUCGUUGACAGGAUUACCAUCUCCUAUCACCACGACUUUCACUUCUGGUAGUCACACCGAAACCGAUGUUGUCUCCUUCUACACUACUACUGAUGCUGAAGGAAACACUGUCACAACAUCAACGGUCUCAUCGUUGACAGGAUUACCAUCUCCUAUCACCACGACUUUCACUUCUGGUAGUCACACCGAAACCGAUGUUGUCUCCUUCUACACUACUACUGAUGCUGAAGGAAACACUGUCACAACAUCAACGGCCUCAUCGUUGACAGGAUUAGCAUCUCCUAUCACCACGACUUUUACUUCUGGUAGUCACACCGAAACCGAUGUUGUCUCCUUCUACACUACUACUGAUGCUGAAGGAAACACUGUCACAACAUCAACGGUCUCAUCGUUGACAGGAUUACCAUCUCCUAUCACCACCACUAUAACUUCUGGUAGUCACACCGAAACCGAUGUUGUCUCCUUCUACACUACUACUGAUGCUGAAGGAAACACUGUCACAACAUCAACGGUCUCAUCGUUGACAGGAUUACCAUCACCUAUCACCACCACUAUAACUUCUGGUAGUCACACCGAAACCGAUGUUGUCUCCUUCUACACUACUACUGAUGCUGAAGGAAACACUGUCACAACAUCAACGGUCUCAUCGUUGACAGGAUUACCAUCUCCUAUCACCACCACUAUAACUUCUGGUAGUCACACCGAAACCGAUGUUGUCUCCUUCUACACUACUACUGAUGCUGAAGGAAACACUGUCACAACAUCAACGGUCUCAUCGCUGACAGGAUUACCAUCUCCUAUCACCACCACUAUAACUUCUGGUAGUCACACCGAAGCCGAUGUUGUUUUUUUUGUUAGUAAGUCUUCGUUGAGUUCGUUAUAUUUGGUGAAUUCUGGUUUUAGUGCUGAUGUUGAUGUCACGGAGAAUUGGAAGUCGGGUUCAGAUAACGGAGUUUCGGAAUCAUAUAUUUCUUCCGAGUAUCAUUCAAUUUUUGUUUAUCAGAAUUCAUCUAUUGGAGGUUCUAGUAUCGGAUCUGUGCAUGUAUCCGAAGCUGCCACGAUAAGUAUCAACUCCACUCCAAUUACAAUCUGUUCAUAUUUUGUUGUUCAUAAAACUCAAUCAUUUUCUAUAAAUGCUGAUAUAAGGCAGUCUUCAAGAGAAUCAGACUCGGAAAGUUCUUCAUAUGCAAAUUUAGAGUUAAAGUCAUGCGAUAAUUUCAACCCCUAA